GUUUCCCUACACGGCGUUUGGAAGUAACGCGCGAAUGUUAUCACGUUAGCUAGCUAGCUAGCUAGCGAGAUGCUGUCAUAUUGAAACACACCUUUUAAAGUUCGUGUACAGUCUCAGACAUUCGUAGAGCUUUCUCUAAAUCCUUUACCCGGACACCCUGUAGUCGGUUAUCGCUGUUGUUUAGGUCUCAACGUUAGCUCAGAGCCCGCCACCAAACGCUGCUAGCUAGCUAGCUGAACUGACACUCCAAAGAGACGUGAAGGAUGGAGUUGCAGGCGGUGGUGAUGGCGGCUGGUGGAGGAUCCAGAAUGAUGGACCUCACGUACAACACCGCUAAACCUUUGCUUCCCGUGGGGAACAGGCCGCUGAUCUGGUAUCCACUCAACCUGCUGGAGAGGGCAGGCUUCGAAGAGGUGAUAGUGGUGACCACGAAGGAUGUCCAGAAGGCCUUGAGCACAGAGCAGCGUCUGAAGCUGACGUGAAGAUGAAGAUGGACGUGGUGUGCGUUCAGGAAGAUGCCGACAUGGGCACAGCUGAUGCCUUGCGCCACAUCCAGCAGAAGAUCAAGACGGACCUCCUGGUGGUGAGCUGUGACCUGAUCACGGACGUUGCGCUCCACGAGGUUGUGGACUUGUUCCGCGCGCACAACGCCAUGCUGGCCAUGCUGAUGAGCAAAGCACAUGAGUUCACAGAGACUGUCCCCGGGCAGAAGGGCAAGAAGAAAGGAGGUGAGCAGCGGGACUUUGUGGGAGUGGACCGCACGGGAAGCGGCUCCUGUUCAUGGCCAACGAAGCCGACCUGGAAGAAGGCCUCGUCAUCAGAAGUACGUAAUGCGCAAACAUCCCAGGAUGCACAUCCGGACAGACCUUCUGGAUGCUCACCUGUACUGCCUUAAGAAAUGUGUGGUUGACUUUUUAGUCGCCAACAAGUGCAUCUCGUCCCUGCGGGGGGAGCUGGUUCCGUACCUGGUGCGUAAGCAGUUCUCCAAAGCCACAACCCCUGGGAGCAAUGGUGAACACACGGAUCAGAACCUGAAGAGAUCCGACGCCAACGCUGGCCUGGAGCUCCUUAUCUCGUCCAGAGAUGAUGGUCUUCUGCAGCUGGCCGAGGAGCGUUCCUGCUGGAAUGAUCACCAUGGCGACAUGAGCGAGGCCUACCAUGGAGGAAGGCUGAGGUGCUACGCACACAUCAUGGAGAAGGGCAUGUGUUACCGUGCCAACACGCUGGCGGCCUAUGUCGAGGCAAAUCGCGUGGCUCCUAAGCUGUUUGACGAGUCUCCUGUUCACCCAUCUGCUGUCGUCUCUGAGCGCAGCCUGGUCGGAGGUGACAGUAUCAUCGGGCCGUUCACUAACAUAGCAGACAAGACGUCCAUCAAGCGCUCCAACAUCGGCGCCUACACCGUAGUGAAGGAGAAGGUGAAGAUAAGCAACUCCAUCAUCAUGAACGGCGUCACCAUCGAAGAAGGGUGUAACAUCCAGGGCAGUGUCAUCUGUAACGGCGCUGUAAUCUCACGCGGUGCUGACCUCAAAUACUGCCUGGUGGGAAGCUGCCAGCAUAUAGAACCAGAGGCUGAAAGAACCAAUGAUGUCAUCGUUGGAUCAGACCAGCUUAUGGAGAUCUAGUCCAGGCCCUCGGGGAGGACGGUUCACAGACUAUAGGCCCUCGCUCCCCUGUGAACACUUCCAUGAAGACUUGUAUGGUUUUUUACAGAAUGAGACAUAAUAAACACAAAUGUAUUUAUCUCA